GCAUGCAUGAGUUUCUGCUGCCAUGUGUACAUUUGUAACUGAAGCCACAGAGAAGAGGCAGCUGUAACAUGAAAAGAAGGGAGGAUUAAAUUAAAAUCAUGCAUGCCCAGAUUCUGAAAUCCCAAAAAGCCUUCAACUUUGAAAUCAAAUCAUCAUUACAAUAAUGGGUUUUUGUUAUUGGUGUGGUUCUUCAUCAUUGAAGCCAUUGUUGUUGAUGGUUGUUCCUCUUGUAAUGGUUAUGGCACUUACUUUUGCUUUUCUGAAUGGUCCAAGUAGUAACAAUAAUAAUACCUUGGUGCCACUACUUUGGAGCUCUAUAACUCCUUCUUCUUCUCCUAAUAAUUCUUCUUCUUUAUUCAUCAACAAUGGUGAUGAUAACAAAACUAUGCAUGCCUUUGAUGAUCAUCACAUGUUUUUCUUCAAUAACCUCUCUUACUUCUCUCCUCCACCACUUUCUCUUCCGGAACAAUAUAACCAAACUGAGGUAGUUGAUCAUGACAUCUCAAAAACUUGGGCAAGUUCAGCUCCUUUGAAUGAAUCUUAUGUUGUUCCCCAGAACAUGCUCAUUUUUUUUUCUUUUUUUGUUUUUCCUUUUUGGGAACAGAACCAAACUGAGGUAGUUGAUCAUGACAUCUCAAAAACUUGGGCAAGUUCAGCUCCUUUGAAUGAAUCUUAUGUUGUUCCCCAAAGAAAAUUCAGCAUCUUAGAUAGAACUGAAGCAGGUUUGCUACAAGCUAGAGCUGCUAUUAGAGAUGCAAGAAAUUGGAAUCAAACACUUGAUCAAGACUAUGUUCCAAUAGGUCCAGUCUAUAGGAAUGCCAAAGCAUUUCACAGGAGCUAUUUAGAAAUGGAGAAACAAUUCAAAGUAUUUGUCUAUAAAGAAGGGGAGCCUCCAAUUUUUCAUAAUGGACCAUGCAAAAGCAUAUACUCAAUGGAGGGUAAUUUCAUCCAUGCUAUUGAGAUGAAUGAGCAAUUUCGAACAAGGGAUCCUAAGAAAGCUCAUGUGUUCUUCCUUCCCUUCAGUGUAGUAAUGAUGGUCCGAUUUGUGUACGAGAGGAACUCGCGCGAUUUCGGCCCCAUAAGAACAACUGUCAAGGAUUAUAUCAAUCUCAUUGCUGGAAGAUAUCCUUAUUGGAAUCGAAGCCUUGGUUCUGAUCAUUUCAUGCUUUCUUGCCAUGAUUGGGGGCCAGAGACUUCAUUCUCUAUUCCUUACUUAUACAAGAACUCUAUCCGUGUAUUGUGCAAUGCCAACACCUCUGAAGGUUUCAACCCUACAAAAGAUGUUUCUCUUCCUGAAGUCAAUCUCCAAACAGGUACAAUAGAUGGUUUUCUUGGUGGGCCUUCCGCAUCUAAACGCUCAAUUUUGGCCUUCUUUGCCGGUGGGGUUCAUGGGCCCAUUAGGCCCAUUAUACUUGAGCAAUGGGAGAACAAGGAUGAAGAUAUCCAAGUCCACAAGUACCUUCCAAAGGGGGUUUCCUACUAUGGUAUGCUUAGAAAGAGCAAGUUUUGUCUUUGCCCUAGUGGGUAUGAGGUGGCAAGCCCAAGGGUAGUUGAGGCAAUUUACACAGGUUGUGUCCCUGUGCUUAUUUCUGACCACUAUGUCCCUCCAUUUAGUGAUGUCUUGAAUUGGAAGUCUUUUUCAGUUGAAGUUUCUUCAAGAGACAUUCCAAAAUUGAAGGAGAUUCUAACAAACAUCUCUUCAAGACAAUAUAUAAGGAUGCAAAGGAGAGUGGACAACAUUAGGAGACACUUUGAAGUGCAUUAUCCUCCUAAAAGAUUUGAUGUCUUCCAUAUGAUACUUCAUUCAGUUUGGCUUAGGAGAUUAAACAUUAGAAUUUAUGAUGAUUAAUUCAAAUUGUUUAUAUUGCCAAUUACCCUAACAAAAUGUGAUUAUGGUAUAUCAAGGACCGAACUCCUAAAAUUACUAUUUAUAUUGAAUGUAAUUUUUAUACAAUUCUAAACAAAAAUA